GUGUUGUACCAGAGUAUCAGUGUGCUGUGAAACGAAAGGAAAAGCGAGACAUGAAGGACAAAACUCGGCCCAACUCUACGACGAGUCGAUCGCCCGAAGCGCUCAAAUUGAACCCGAAUCUCAGAGGAUGUGCGACUUCAGCGUGGAAUUGGAGUCGGGCAACACCCUGGGGGCAUCGAGUAACACAGGGGGCCUAGGGGCUGGCCCUCCUUCGGUUGGUGGGUCUCUCUCGCCCCCCCUGACAGCCGGGGGUGUCAAACCGGUCAGUUCGGAGCAGGAGGAGCUCAUUCAUCGGCUGGUCUACUUCCAGAACGAAUUCGAGCACCCGAGCGAGGAGGACCUGAAGAGGAUUGGAUGUUUGAAUCUACCCAGUCAGGUGGCCCAAGACCAGCAGGCGGAGAGCGACAUGAGAUUCCGUCACAUAACCGAGAUCACCAUUUUGACAGUGCAGCUGAUUGUCGAAUUCGCCAAACGGCUGCCCGGCUUCGACAAACUGCUCAGAGAAGACCAGAUUGUACUGCUCAAGGCAUGUUCCAGCGAAGUGAUGAUGCUUCGCACAGCCAGAAAGUACGACGUGAACACAGACUCAAUCCUGUUCGCCAACAACCAGCCCUACACGAGGGACUCCUACACGCUGGCGGGCAUGGGCUAUGUGGUGGAAGACCUGCUGCAGUUCUGUCGACACAUGUACCGCAUGAAGGUGGACAAUGCCGAGUAUGCACUGCUCACAGCUAUUGUCAUAUUCAGUG